AUGAGCAGUAAGAAAGAUGCAAUUGUCAACAUUGGUGGAUUCAUUGCCUUUAAAGAAGAAAGUGAUUUUCAACAUGCAUGGAUAUAUGAAAUUCUGUUUGAAGGUUUUAUUACGUAUGGAGGGAUGGCCGGUCGUGACAUGAAUGCUCUUGCACAAGGUCUCGAUGAAAGCACAGAAUUCGAUUAUCUUGAAACUCGUAUCAAGCAAAUUGAAUACCUUGGAAAACGGCUGACAGAAUUUGGAAUACCUGUUCAAUUACCUUAUGGUGGCCAUGCUAUUUUCAUUGAUGCUAAGAAGUGUCUUCCACACAUUCCAAAGGAACAGUAUCAGGCCCAAACUCUGACAGUGGAACUUUAUAUUGAAGCAGGUAUUCGUGGUGUAGAAAUCGGUACCAUUCUUGCCGAUCGCGAUCCGGAAACACUGGAAAAUCGUUAUCCUGAGUUAGAAUUUUUAAGGCUUGCUGUGCCUCGUCGGGUCUAUACAAAUAAUCACAUGGAUGUUGUCGCUUGCGCCAUGAAAAAUAUAAUAGACAGAAAAGAUUCAAUCAAAACGGGAUUUAGAAUUACGAAAGAACUUCCAAUGCUCAGGCAUUUUACCGUUGAGUUGGAACGAAUAUAA